AUGAGUGUGAAAUAUGGUGCGACUGACGUCCUAGGAAAAAAAGAAGAGACCGAUAAGGAAAAACCAACUACGGUUGAAAUUCAUGUGAGUGGACCACUAAACCGAAGAUGGUGGCGUAUCAGUCAGAACAUUUUCUAUGGUCUCGGCCACGUGUACAACGACCUCUGUGCAGCCAUGUGGUUCUCCUACAUGAUGUUAUUCUUCCAAGCAGUUCUUAACAUGAGGGCCGCUGUUGCUGGAGCUCUGUUGUUGCUUGGACAAGUCAUUGACGCUUUAGCUACACCAGUUGUUGGAAUGUUAGCUGAUAAAUACGGCAACAAGAAAGGCUGGCAUUUAACAGGUUGCAUUUUAAUUACGUGUACGUUUCCGUUGCUGUUUGUGAGAUGUUGGGGCUGCUGGAUUACUGAUGACCAUGACUACCUCCUGUGGUGGAUGCCUGUGUACUAUGGUGUCCUUAUCGUAGUGUUCCAGAUUGGUUGGGCUGUGGUACAGAUAUCUCAUUUAGCAAUGAUCCCUUCUAUAUCGGAUAAUUUGCAAGUUCGCGCUGACUUAACUUCAAUCAGAUACAUGGCAUCAGUGACAUCAAGCUUGGCUGUAUACCUCAUAACCUGGGUAGUUCUGAGAGCCACUAACUACAGGCCAUAUAUUGGGCCUCUAGACGAUUACAAAUUCAGGGAUGUAUCACUAAUUAUUUCUGGAAUUGGAGUACUUACAUACCUAAUAUUUCAAAUAUUUUUCAAACUAAAGUCAACUAAAGAAGAAAAAUCUAACGGGCAUGCUAUAAAUAAUCAAUCGAUGACCUUGGAUGAAGAAGGCAACAAACAAAUAGUAAAAAUUGCAAAAUCAAAGAUUAUGUAUUUUCUGCGUAUGCCACUACUUUAUCAAACAAGUCUAUUAUACGUAUUUUCUCGAUUAUACUGGGCUCUGAGCUUAGUCUACGUACCACUUUUUCUAGAAGAGCGACUGUCGUACAACCCCAGUGCGGGAUCCGAACUGGUAGCCAGUGUUCCUCUGGUUUUAUACGUGUCUUCAUUCUUUUUCUCUCUACUAUUAAAAAGUAAUAUCAACCAAUGUGGCAAUCAGGUGGCGUAUUUAAUAGGAAGUUUACUAAGUCUAACUAGUUGUGCAUGGAUAGCCGUAUUUAUAGAUCCUGAAGCCAGCAUAGUUCAAAUAUACUUGGUGGCUACAUUAAUAGGAGCAGGUAGUUCAAUAACACUAGUCUCUAGUUUGUGUGUGACGGCUGAUUUAAUUGGUCCCCACUCACACCAGGGUGCUGCAAUCUACUCUAUCGUCACUUUUGCCGACAAACUGGUAACGGGAAUUGCAGUUGUCGCUAUAGAAAAUUACAAAUGUGAAAACGAAGCUGACUGUCCCCAGUACUACCGAGGAGUGCUAACAUACGCUUGCGGUGGAAGUGCAGUGCUAGGCAUGUUAUCUUUGUCUUUCGCUAAAUAUAUAUCAAAACAACAAAAAACUGAGACAUAG